GCCCCGCCCCUCCCACUGCUGCUGAAAGAAAGGGACUUGAGAUGCUACAUUUUUUAUGACGAACUAGCAUUUUUGUCCACAGUUCUCAUUUACUACCUUCUUCAAUAUGUAGCCGAACCUGUUCAUUUUGGCGCCUGUGUUCUGACGUUCGCUCAUCCUCCCUGAGCGUUUCACUGGCAGUUUGGCCCAGAACACGAAAAUGGAUGUGUGAGGAGUUCAGAACCGCGAGAGAGCCCAAGGAAGAGGCGUCCCAUCUCUUGUUGCCGAUUAGAAUCAGAAGCCAAGUGAGGGGAAGUGUGCGAAGCCUGCAGGGUUUGUGAUGAUGCUGGAGGAAGAGGUGAAGGCAGAUCCCGGUUCAGAGGGGAAACCAGAGGCGGGGAGCACCUCCAGCAGCACCCCGCCGACACAAAGUGGGGCGUCCGCCCCUUCCCCUGUGGCCUCCCAGAAGCCUGGGGCCAGCUCAGCAACAGAGGAUGAGGAUGAGAGCGAGGAUGAAUCCGAAAUCCUGGAGGAGAGUCCUUGUGGCCGCUGGCAGAAGCGUAAAGAGGAGGUGAAUCAGCGUAAUGUCCCUGGAAUAGAUGCUGCAUAUUUGGCUAUGGACACAGAGGAGGGUGUGGAGGUUGUUUGGAAUGAAGUCAUGAUUUCCGAGAGAAAGAACUUCAAACCACUGGAGGAGAAAGUGAAGGCCAUAUUCGAUAACCUGAUCCAUUUGGAACAUGCAAAUAUUGUCAAGUUUCACAAGUACUGGGCUGAUACAAAGGACAAUAGAGCCAGGGUAAUUUUCAUUACUGAAUACAUGUCAUCUGGAAGUCUGAAGCAAUUUCUGAAGAAGACAAAGAAAUACCACAAGACCAUGAAUGAAAAGGCGUGGAAGAGAUGGUGCACACAGAUCCUGUCUGCUCUCAGUUAUCUGCACUCAUGUGACCCUCCCAUCAUCCAUGGCAAUCUGACCUGUGACACCGUCUUCAUUCAGCACAACGGGCUCAUUAAAAUCGGAUCAGUUGCACCAGACACCAUUAACAACCAUGUGAAGACUUUCCAUGAGAAAUUGAAGGACUUGCACUUCUUUGCCCCCGAAUAUGGAGCUGAUGAUGAGGUCACCACAGCUGUAGACAUCUACUCAUUUGGCAUGUGUGCCUUAGAGAUGGCCCUUUUGGAAAUUCAGGGGAAUGGAGACUCCUCCUACAUUUCUCCAGAAGCCAUCGACAACGCCAUACAGCUGCUGGAGGACCCACUGCAGAGGGAAUUGAUCCAAAAGUGCCUUGAACAGGAUCCCAGCACAAGGCCGACAGCCCGGGAGCUGCUGUUUAACCAGGCUCUAUUUGAAGUGCCCCUCUUAAAACUGCUGGCUGCACACUGCGUUGUCAGCCACCAGCACAUGAUUCCUGAGAAUGCCCUCGAGGAAAUGACCAAGAAGCUCGACCCUAAUCUGGUCAUUGCUGUGACUAAAGAGGAUGUUCAGCUCAGACUGUCACAGUUUCCUGCCUUAGAACUCGACAAAUUCUUGGAGGAUGUGAGGAAUGGUAUUUAUCCAAUGACAGCAUUCGGGGUGCCCUGUCCACAGCAUUCUCACAAGGAGACGGUUAAAUCUCCUGUGGCCGUCCCCUUGGUCAAAUCCCCCACACCUGAACCUGCUGAGCUCGAAACACGAAGGGUCAUUCAUAUGCAGUGUAACUUUGAAGCAGUGGAGGAGGGAGCAAAGUAUCAUGUAACGUUACUGCUGAAACUGGAGGACAAACUGAACAGACAUCUAAGCUGUGACAUGUUACCUCACGAGAGUGUGGAAAAGUUGGCCGGAGAGUUGGUGCAACUGGGCUUGAUCAGCGAGGUGGACCAACUCAAAAUAUCAUCUCUGCUCGAGGAAGCAUUCAACCAAAGCUUCACCAGCAAGUCUCCUUAGAGGGUUGUUCCACGCUCCCUUAAGGUGCACAAUAAAAGUCAAUGUCUUUUGUUUUUUUUCAUUGCGUCUUUAUUUAAGAACUUUGGGUGGUCAUGUGACUAAAGGAGUGGCGAUUCCUUUCCAUAAGGAAAUAAAGCUCACAAAACCUUUAAAUAUAAAGCCAGAAAACUCCAAAGAAACCACCUGCUGUUACUUCUUUUCUUUCUUUUUUUUUUUUUUAAAGAGAGAUCCAUUCAUGUAUUUGUGGCAAUAUUUUAAACAAGUUAUCAAUCAUGUAGGGUUCAUUGGAAUGGUUAGAUCAGUUGUAGUAAUGGUGUACCAGACACCUGGUCCCGGCAAUAAUAAUUAGAUUACAACUUUGUCCUCGAGUGUACUUUGUUUACAUUUGGAAUUGCCUCCUCUGCUUAUGCCUUUUUAGAAAAGCUGGUUUAAAACCUCUUGGGGUGUUGUAGUUGUAUAUUAAUGGCAGCAUCUAAACCUCAUCACAGUCAGAAAACGAACAGGACAUAAGCCAGGAAACUCAUUCCUCUAAAUCUUUGUUUCACUUGCUUCUCAUAAUUUGGCUUGUUUGGUUCUGCCCUGUUAUUCAUUCCCAAUGUUUUCAUUAGUUUAUUAGAUAAAAAUUAGCAAUAGUUUGUAAAACUGGAUUCAACUUCCACACUUUACUUUAUUGUUCACAAUAUUCAGAAGAUAGAUGUAUGUUUUAUAGCAUUUCGAAAAGGCAUCUCAGUGUUUUUCUUUGCUAGGUUAUUACUUGCUUAUUAUGAGGUACUGUGAACUCUGUCAUUUAAAUUCUGUUGUUUUUUGUUUGUUUUAGAUUUGUCUUGCUUUAUAAAUAAUGUAUAUGUUAUAAAGAUCUCUGAUAAUGUUUUAUUAUUUUAUUCCAUUUAAGAUUUGCUGCUUGUUGAGUUCAUACAUGCUAUUCUGCCAUUAGAAUGAAUUCAUGCGUUCCGUACAUGUAUUUGUUUACUGAGGUUGGCUGCCAUAUCAUGCAUGAAGUGGACGGCCUUUUCCAUUUGUUAAAUGUGUAACAGAUGCUGCAUUCCAAGUGUUUUCUUGACUUUUGUCUCCUGUGGUUUUACACAGUGACCACGUUGAGUCUGAGCCAACACAAAUGACCUUUUUUUUUCUCUUUUCCCAUUUACUGAUUUGGCUGUUCAAACACUUUAUAACAACAUCUUCAAUGAGACAGGUCUUGAUGAGACCUAAAUUAAGAUCAGGGAGUUUAUUGUGGCCUUUUGUCAUAUUCUGGCUCAGAACUGUGGACUACUGGUACGAUUGCAUCUGGAAGCUCAUACAAUUCAGGACCUUUGAAAUGCAGGAAUAGUCCACAAGAAAUUUAAAUAAAACAGCUUGUUUAUAAAAUGUCAACAAUUCAGAUGGUUGCAUGUGAUCUGCCAUAAAAAAAAUCCAACAAUUGCAGUGAUCUAUCUCUGAGGUGUUAUUUUAAAUGUUUUCCAGCUACUGUUCCUCUCCAUCUGACAGCUGUAGUCCAUCUUUUUACACUGUUUGUUUUCAAAUUGUCUGUAUGUCUUGUAGACUGCUAAGAUUGUAUUUUCCCAAAGAUGUGCUCAGUUCAGUCUGAGGAAUGUAAGUGAGCCACCUCUGGCACAGAGAAGUGGUUUAAACGACCACUGUGACCACCAGAGCUUUGUAAGGAUUCUGUGCACCCUCUCAGAGUAUCUUUAGAAUCCCUUUCCACCCCAUUCAUUUAUUAAUGGUAAAGAAACUGGUUAUUAAAUAGGUUCAAAGGUUUUGCUGCUUUUGCCUGUUACAUGAGCUUUUUGUCAUAUUUGGGAACUCAUGGCCUUUGUUUAAUACCUGAAUGUCAGUAAAUGCGUGAUUCUUUUCUGAGACUUGUCCUGACAAAUGUCAAAACAAGAACGCUUGCAAAUAAAACAGUCAAUUCCUCCACUUAAUUGUU